AUUGUCUACUCAGGCAUGGCAUACACAAUUGAUCGUAUUUAUUAAGAGACAACCCUAAAUCUUACAUUUUUGCCUGCAGUUUUUUCUCAAAGGGGUUCAUUGGUAAGGUGAUAUUUUACGCAGGGUUUCGGAUUUCGACGGAACUCUGAUAACAAAUGGCGAGGAUCAAGGUUCAUGAGUUGCGCACAAAGAGCAAGUCAGAUCUGCAGAAUCAGCUGAAGGAGCUCAAAGCUGAGUUGGCACUGCUCAGGGUAGCUAAGGUUACAGGAGGAGCUCCCAACAAGCUCUCAAAGAUCAAAGUGGUAAGGAAAUCGAUAGCACAGGUUUUGACUGUUAUUUCCCAGACCCAGAAAAGUGCGUUGAGAGAGGCAUUCAAGAAGAAGAAGUACAUGCCACUUGACCUGCGCCCAAAGAAGACUCGUGCGAUUAGGCGACGUCUCACCAAACAUCAGGCUUCAUUGAAGACAGAGAGAGAGAAGAAAAAGGAUAUGUAUUUCCCUAUGAGAAAUUAUGCAAUUAAAGUCUAGAGAUUAGGACUAUUUAAGGUCUUUAACUGUAGAAUUGCCAAUUGCACACCCAAUGGGUAUUUUUGAUAAAGUGAGUUUUCAUUGUUAAACAGUGAUUUCUAUAAAUUGGUAAUAUGAUUUAUGAUCAAGUAAUACAAUGUUCAUCAUUGAUGGAAAAAUAUGGAUGUGGUUCAUUGUUGAGAACCGUCCCCAUUUUUUUGUACCAAGUAAUACAGAUUUAAACUGUCGAGAGUUAAAUUAAAUUCUACACAUAAAUAGGAUUGGUAAAAGCAAAUGACUAACAGACA